AGGCGGGAAUGGAUGCUAUCAUGUCGCAGGAAGGAGAGGACCUUGCGACUGUGCAGUGCCCUGUCCGGGCCGCCCUCGACCAUUUGUGUCAGGAGCUCAAUCUGGACGUUUGCAGCGCUUCGGAAGCCCUUCGGGAUUUCACGGUCCUGCGGGGCACUUACAGCCUUGAGGGAGACAUUGUACAUUGGUUGGCUUGUGCUCUAUAUGCUGCUUGCCGUAAAAGUAUAGUGCCCACUGUAGGAAGUAGUUUGAUGAAAGGAAAUUGUGUCUCACUGACCAGAAUUCUGCGUUCAGCAAAGUUAAGCUUAAUUCAGUUUUUUAGUAAAAUGAAAAAGUGGAUGGACAUGUCAAACCUGUGCCAAGAAUUUCGAGAGAGAGUGGAGAAGUUGGAGAGAAACUUUGAAGUGUCCACAGUAAUAUUCAAGAAGUAUACCCCAAUCUUUUUAAAUAUAUUUAAAAAUCCUUAUGAAGAGCAACCUAAGUUUCAAAGAAGCAGGAAACAGAGACGGGUACCCUGUACUGUUAAAGAUCUAUUCAACUUCUGCUGGACCCUAUUUGUCUACACAAAAGGUAAUUUCAGUAUGAUUGGAGAUGAUCUAGUGAACUCAUACCAUUUACUUUUAUGCUGCUUGGAUAUGAUUUUUGCAAAUGCAUUUUUGUGUCCAUAUAAAAAAGAUUUACUAAAUCCAUCUUUCAAAGGUUUGCCAGAAGACUUCCACACAACUGACUUCAAAGCUUCUGAAAGGCCACCAUGCAUUAUUGCCACACUGUGUGAAUUACAUGAUGGACUUUUGGUAGACGCCAAAGGCAUAAAAGAACAUUAUUUUAAGCCAUAUAUUUCAAAGCUCUAUGAUAGGAAGAUUUUAAAAGGAGAUUGUCUUUUGGAUCUUAGUAACUUUGUAAACAACAACAAAGCCCUGAAUAAAGAAUAUGAAGAGUAUGUUCUCACAAAAGGUGAUUUUGAUGAAAGGGUUUUCUUGGGGGCAGAUGCAGAAGAAGAAAUUGGAACACCUCAAAAAUGUGCAGCUAUACCAUCUGGGAAUAUAAGAGCUCAUGUUGAAUGUCAUCUUCAGCAGCAUUUUGAGAAAAGGUCCUUUGCACCAUCAACCCCUUUAACUGGUAGGAGUUAUCUGAAAGAGAAGGAAUCAGUCAUUACUCCAGUUGCUUCUGCAACACAGAGUGUGAGCCGGUUACAAAGUAUUGUAGCAGGGUUGAAAAAUGCACCAAGUGAACAGCUUGUAGCUAUUUUUGAAUCAUGUAUACGGAAUCCUAUGGAAAAUAUCCUGAAAGGAGUGAAAAAGAUGGGUGAAAUUUUCUGUCAGAACUAUACUCUGUCAACCAGUGAUCAACCAGUAUGCCACAUAGAUUUUGCUCUUCACCGAUUAAAAUUGGCAGAAAUUUUGUAUUAUAAAAGUUUGGAGACUAUAAUGAUACAAGAAAAACGAAGGCUGCCUGGCAAAGACAUCUCUACCAUUUUAGAGCAAGAUAUUUUCCAUUGCUCCUUGGUUGCAUGUUGUUUUGAAAUAGUGCUCUUUGCAUAUCGUUCACCAAGAACUUUUCCCUGGAUCAUUGAUGUUCUUAAUGUCAGGCCAUUCUAUUUCUACAAGGUGAUUGAAGUAUUGAUUCGUUCAGAAGAAGGACUCUCAAGAGAUAUGGUAAAACACCUCAACAGCAUUGAGGAACAGAUACUUGAAAGCCGAGCCUGGAGAGAAGACUCUGUUCUUUGGGAUGCCCUUCAGGCCUCAGGAGAUGAGGUUCCAAGCUGUGAAGAAGUAAUAUUUCCAUGUAAUUUUGAAACAGGAAAUGGAGAAAGAGGACUAGGAUAUCUUCCCAUGAUGCCAGCAUCUCCUAUAAUGCACCCCAGAGUAAAAGAGGUUCGGACAAAUCUUGAGGGCAAUCUUAGACAAGAUUUGCAGCUAUUGUCUCCAGUCUCUGUUCAUGACCGUUACAAUUCUCCUAUGGCAGGAAGUGCUAAAAGAAGGCUUUUUGGAGAUGAAAGCCCCCCCACAAAAUCUGUAGAAAAAAAACAUGCUGAAGGAUUGAGACUGAAAACAGACAAGCAUAUGUCUGUUUCACCUGAUGAGGUUGUUCUAAGUAUGGCACAAAGUACAGUAACAAGACAGAAAGUAACAAUCCCGUUACAUGGUAACACAAACAAGACAGGAAGGAUCACAUUGAUACCUAUUGCAGUCAACUUAUCUGAAGACUCUAAAGUGGACAGCUACGGACAAGUCCCGCUCAGUGCUAAUGCUUUAAUGACUGUUUCUCCAAGUCAGCCUCCUUCCUCCUUUCAUUCAGCAGGAAACAAGCCAAAGAAAACUGGAUCUCUAGCACUUUUUUUCAGAAAGGUAUACAAUUUGGCAAGUGUUCGAUUGCGUGAUCUGUGCUCAAAAUUGGAUGUUUCCCAUGAUUUACGAGGGAAGAUAUGGACUUGUUUUGAAUUCACGUUAGUUCAUUGUACAGAUCUAAUGAAAGAUAGACACUUGGAUCAACUCCUCCUCUGUGCUUUUUAUAUCAUGGCAAAGGUGUCCAAAGAAGAAAGAACUUUUCAGGACAUAAUGAAAAGUUAUAGAAAUCAGCCACAAGCUAACAGCUAUGUAUAUAGAAGUGUCUUAUUGAAAAAAGUACCAGCUGAUGUAAUAGAUUUAAAACAUGAAGAUACAUCAAGUGAAGGUGUCUGCAAGAAGAUGAACAAUUCUAGAGAUUUGGAAGAAGAAGAGAGAGGGGAUCUUAUAAAGUUUUACAACACUAUUUAUGUAAAAAGAGUGAUAAACUUCGUAUUGAAAUAUGAUGCUUCCAACCAUGAUUAUGUGGUGGAAGCACCUCCGCUUUCCCCCUUCCCCAGCAUUAAACAGCUACCAGUGUCUCCUCGACGAAUUUCUCAGCAACAUUCUCUUUAUGUUUCACCACAUAAGAAUGGUACUUGCUUGACACCUAAGAGUGCACUGUUAUAUAAAUUUAAUGGGAGCCCUUCUAAGAGUUUGAAGGAAAUUAACAAUAUGAUUAAACAAGAAGGACAGAGACCUAAGAAGAGAGCAAUAUCAAUUGAUAGUGACACAGAAUCACCAGCUAAGAGGCUUUGUCAGGAGAAUGAUGAUGUUUUGCUUAAACGUCUUCAAGAUGUUGUCAGUGAAAGAGCAAACCAUUAAGUCAGCAAAGAUGCUGUGAGCACCAAAGCUUUCUUGUGACUCAACUGUCUGUCCUUCGUAUCAUUUUUAUUUUUUGUAGCUAGUUGGGUUGCCAAUCAAUGUAUUAGAAUUUUAUGAUGCUCCAUUAUAGAAACAAAUUUUAUAGCAGUUAUUAAUUUUGAUUGUAUAGUCUAUGAAUAUUUAUGACAUUAUUUUGAAGGUUUUGAUCAGAUCUAUAUUAAGUGAUGCAUUUUAAUGUUACAAAUGUUAUUGGAAUUAUUGUCUGAAAGUAGAAGCUUAUGAGAAAAUCUUGAUUUUAAGAUGCUUUCCCAACAUAUUUACAAUGUCAGUUAUUUUCUGGCAUAGUUAUUUGGGUUUAUGGUUCACUUUAAAACAUUUUUUGGGUUUUAUUCUUUAAAAGAAUAUUAGGAUCUAUGCAUUAUUUUAACAUAAAAUAAGGUAAGAUACAGUUAAUCAUUAAUAUAGUAAAAUGAGGUGUUGUAGUUUACAGUGGAGAGAUGUCCCCUGUUUGAAUGGUUGGAUAAAUGCUUUGAAUAAGGUGUUCUGUAAAGCACUGAACUCUUACCUCCUAGUAGAAUGGCAAGCUUUGUGCAGGAUGAGCUGGAGUAGGAUUGGGGGUUAAUUUUAGUUUUGCUGCUAGGACAGUUGUGUGAACAUUUUUUCAUCAUCGCCUAUAUUGGUUUACUUUAUUCCAAGUUAGUUUCCUAAAGAGAUAGUGAGCCCUCUAUUGAAUAAACAAAUGCACUCCUUGUAUGUUAAUAGAGUUUAAGAAGGCUGCUUCUGCACUAUAGAGGCCUAUGCACUGUAUAACAUCUGUAACAAGCAUGUUACUCAUACCAUUCAUAAUUAAUAUGGCUUCUCACAUAGAAAACCUGUCUACACAGUACAUUAUAGCUGCUUACAUGAUGCAGCUGUGCCUGGCUGUUCAGCAUCUCAAGUCUGUUUUUCUCAUGGGAAGGCUGAAUUGUAGUCUAAACAAGUGCCUUCCUCUGCUCUUAAAACAAAAAUACUUCUCCUGUAUCAAAGGGAUAAAAAAGCACCAUGUCUGAGACAGGUUGCUGUAUUUACCCUAUUAUUGGUUGGGUUUAAAAAAGAUUUUCCAGUAUUCAUUGAGAAGCGUAAAAAAACUCUAUAAACUUGAGAAUUGUUUCUUUUUUUCCCUCCAUCCAAAAAAAACCUCUUGGUGAGCCCAGGAAAAUUAUGGGUUGAGCCAGUAUUUUAAGGUAUUCCAGCCUUCUCUACUGAAGUACUUGGUAAUAGAACCUUUAGAUCUAAACAGAGUCAGACACCUGCUAAGCAGCUGUAAUUUGUAACAAUGUAACAUUCUUUUUAAUAAUUUUUUCAACCUGAAAAAGCUUGAUUUCCUUUGUGAAGUGUCUACACAAAAUACAAGCCUUAUCAAAUUAAGUGUAUGCAUAAGAUUAAUAUGAGAUAUCAUAAAGGUUUUAACCAUAGUUUUCUAUCCUGGCCAAUUUUUUAAUUUUUUUACUGAAUGUUUUAUAAAGAGGGAAAUUCAUUAGGAAUACUUUAUGAAAGUAUAGAAAGAUAAAGUUCUGUCAUUACUGUAAAGGAUCAUUCUCACUUGAUAUGUAUUAAAAAUAAGAGCCAUAAAAUACUUUGUAUUUCUGAUUCAUAUAUAGAAAGUUUUACAUUUUGUUAAGACUGCUUUCCUAAGACUUCAAUCAGUUCUAAAGAGUUUUUAUAUUUAGUUAGUAUUCCAGAGUAUAAUACAUUGAGAUCCACUGUUUAAUAAACCACAAAGCAAAAUAAUAAGCUGAAAAAUGUUUUACAACAGACUUAAAUAUAUUUAUUCUUUAUUGAUCCUAAGGAAGGAAGGAACAUUCACAAGGGGAGUGGAACUGGAGUGUUAUGCUUUUUAUAAAAGGCGUAUUUUUCCUUUGGGAGAAAAAUGGUGUUUUACCUUUUGAAAUAUCUGGCUUAUUAUCACAGAGUGUGGAAUAAAAGUAUACUCAGUAUACAGAAAUUUCAAUUAUAUGCAAUUGGUUUUUUAUGUUUCUUUUCCAGUCAAUUGAUCUUAACUUCUCACCUUUCUCUCAGUGGCAUAAAUAUAUUCAAGGCAGGGGAGGUGACUACCUUGGGAUCUUCAAAGACAAAGUGCCUCUCCAGGCCUUCAACCGUUUUUAAAAA